GUCCACUCGCUUGUAUGACUGGUCAGUUAAUUCACAGACACCGAUCAGACGGCUGAGGAAAUCUCUAGCACCAAUCUACAAAAUUACAUAUAUCUUUUUAAAAUUCGAUUCGAACGAUUUCAAGCGAAGAUUCAGUAUGGCUCAACCGAUGAUGCAACGAAAGCGAUCUUCUAUUAAUUUGAAUGAGAAAGUUAUGGUGAAACCAGUAGUCAAGCGACAGCGUUCUGAGCGAACGCUGGUAGCAGAAAAGAUCGAAAAAUGCCUUCUUCUUGGGAAUGCAUCACCAAGAGUGAUGACAGAAGUGCCGUCAUUAUCACCCAAGCAAGGGCUGUCGCACGACAAAUACUCAGACGACUCCUUCUUUCUCGACAACGCCUUUUUUGACAAGAAAGACUCACAGACCAAGGAACAGAAGUGCGACAUCGAACGCGAACGUUCCUCUGAACCCGAGGUCGACGACUUCGGCCUGAGCGAGGAAGCAGAGAACGAAGUCGUGUCGUUCGACCAGGCAACGGUGGGCGAUGCCACGAAGAAGAUCUGUCAAGAAUCCCAGAAGAACGUGGAGAAUGAGGGCGAGGAUGAGCCCGACGGCCACCACGGUCAAGGAGGGCUGAAGGGAUUCCUUGACAGAGUCGCUCACAGGGUCGAAGACGUUGCCGAAGGACUGGUUGACUUUGUGAUGCCGCAUCAUGAUCUUUCUCGCCAGGAGCAAAUAGACUACCAUGAUCUCGAGGGGUUCACCGUCCAUCUCCCGGCUCACUUCCAUCCAUUCGACAACCCGUGUCCGUUUGGUGCUCGGCUGAAUCGAUCAGAGAAUGGGUAUAAGCUUGCCAGAGUACUCACCGACACGGCAGCUCACCAUGCUGGCCUGAAAGAAUCUGAUGAAGUAACCCAUCUGAAUGACAUCGAACUGAAGAGCUUGGACACCGUUGAUUUACAGAAGCUGUUCAUGACUAUCGACACCACGUUCACACUGACUAUUCUGAGAAGAUAUGUUGAGGGGAAUACAGUUCAUCUGAAGAAGACUACGAUACGAGUGACCGUUGCUGAUGAAAUUGUUGUGGAAGUGGUGCGCUCGGAGAUCGUUUGGAGUCGAAAGCCGAGACAUGUUUCGACAUCGGCACUCUCUUACGUAAGCCAGGACGGGGACGGCAACUCACAGAUCUACCUCAAUAAGCAGGGAGAAAUGGUUACCAUGGGAACGUUGGUUGAUGAGCGAGCUCAAUUCUUUUUGGACUUCUAUGCGGUCAUAGGGUUUACGGAGGGCCAACGAUGUGUUAUUCGUCACGGGAGCACAAAUCAGUUAUACGACGCAGUUCAAAACUGUAUGAAGACGGUGAAGGAUAUCUUUAAUCCGGAACAGAGUUUCAUGCUCGACAAAAUAAAGAGAUCAAGCAACCACACCUUUGUCUUCGAGUCAGUAGAGCGCCCAGGACACUACUUAAUCUAUCAGGUACCUGAUGACAGGACGUCGGCCAUGUCUUCUGGGACAUUCAAGCUAUCACAAUGCAUUUCUCCGCAGACGGUCCCCUCCCAGGGCUCCUUCAAGAUCUAUGACGUCAAAGACCUUUCUAGUUCACGCUCAUCGAGAAGAGGCCUCUGA